UCAGGAAGCUCGAUUGCUCUCAUUGUCUCUCUCUCUCUCGCCCGGAGAGGGAAGUUGGGGUUGGGCUGAGGGAAUCGAGAUGACAGUUUGCUGAGAAACACUGACCUCAGAGGAUCCAGCUGCUCGUGCUCCUGUCUCCAAGAAUCCCACUCACAGAACAACAUGAACUUCCCAUUUCAGGGAGAACAGCCAUGGAGGACCAAUUCCAGGGAGAGCUGUCAUUGCUGGGGCACUGGGGAAGUUUCAGGGGGUGUCCAUAUUGCUGACUGGGUGCAGUUUCUCCAGGAUAUAAAGCAGGAGGUGACAGCUCCCUCAUCAGCCACACUCCCUCUUCAACACUGAACACUCCCAAGGUGAGCCAGGCCAGGAUGAGGACAGCACUGUGUGUAGCUGCCGUUGUGGUGGGAGCACUGGCUAUCUGCUUGAUCCAGGAUGGUGUGACUGCCGCUCCAGCUGGCUCUGUGACUGUCGAUUGCUGUGAGAGCUUUAAGACCACUCGCAUUCCUCAUAAACGGCUCGUACACUUCACCAGGACAGUUGGCUGCUCCACCCCCUCCAUCAUCUUCACAAACAGGAGGAAGAUGAGAAUUUGUACGAGAGCGAGUGAGAAAUGGGUUCAAGAUGCAGUGGCAUUUCUGCAGAAGAAACUGGGGGUUUAAAGAGAAGAACCUCUGAAAGCACAAUCUUUCAAUCCACUGGAAACACAUGGAGUGUUGGACUGACUGGUGUUACACUGGGGGACAGGCAGAAUGGAGAAGGUGGAUCCACAAAAUGAUUCCCUGAUCACUUGCAAUAUUCCUGUUGCUGUGCUCAUUCACAUGAAAGACUGUGAAUGGUAACUAACUAACUUUCCCUGUGUCUUGCCCAAUCAUCAAACUAGUGUAAACUGUUAAUGGAAGAGGGGAAAUGUGACUGGAUAACAAUGGGACAGAUAGAGGGAAUCGUCAGUCUGACAAUGGACAAGAUUCCAGCAACUGUCCAGCUGAUCCCAGAGUCUGGAUCUCAGCACAGAUAGUUGGGGUGGGUGUGUGGGUCAGUCACUGGAGGUGGCAGUAGGGGUCAGUGUUUGAUGCUGGGGAUAUGGGCAUACACUGGAAGUAGGUAGGUGCCUUAUGGCAGGAUAUAAGUCUGACUCUGGGAAUGUGGAUGUGAGUCAAACAUUGGGGGUGGGGAUUAUAGAUGAGUCUCUGGAGGCUGGCAUGGAUCAGUGUCCAGGGAAUUUGAGUUGGGCCAUAAUAGAAUCCCUACAGUGUGGAAACAGGCCAUUCAGCCCAACAAGUUCAUACUGACUCUCUGAAUAACAUCCCACCCAGAUUCAGCCCCCUAUCCUAUCCCUGUAACAUUGCAUUUCCCAUAGCUAAUCCACCUAAUUUACACAUCCCUGGACAGUAAGGACAAUUUAGCAUGGCCAAUCCUCAUAACCUGCAAUCUUUAGACCAUGAGAGGAAACUGAAGCACCCGGGGGAAACCCAUGCACACACUGGGAGAAUGUGCAAACUCCACACAGACAGUCACCCGAGGCUGGAAUCGAACCCAGGUCUCUGGCGCUGUGAGGCAGUAGUGCAUGCAAACAGACUGCCUGAGAAAUAUUAAGUAUUAAAAUAUUUUUUAAAAAAUGGAACAGACUGAGCCACCAUGCUACCAUCCCUGGUAGGGAUGUGUCAGUCUCUGGGGGUCAUGUGUAGGUCUGUGUAUUGGGGAGGUGCAUGACUCUGUGGCUGGGCUGGGGGUACGUCAGGCAAUAUGGGUGGGGUGGGAGAGUCUCCGAGGGUGGUAUGUGGUCUAUCUAUGAGGAGGGGGGUGGGAGUGGUUGUAGGUUAGACAAUUAAGGUGGGGAUUUGUCUGGGGUUUGGGACUCUCUCUCGGACUCCCUGAAAAGCCGUUCUCAUUCCAUUGGUAAUCUCGGAAUAGUUGUGAUAUUUCCCCUUCCUUUCCCUCAUUACCUCACUGAAUUCUGAGCUUUUGAUCUUUAUCCAUUGUAAC